AUGAGUAUUAAAGAAGAAUUAGAAAAACGAAUGAAAGUACUACAAAAGAAAUAUCCAAAUUCAUAUGUUCAAAAACUUCUAUCAUCAUUUACAAGACAAACCACAUUUGAAGGAAAUAAAAGUAAAGUUUAUGAUAUAAUAGAAGAUUUAAAAAAAGGAGAUAAAAGAAAAUUAUAUUUUGAUUGUAGUAAUGGAGUUCCAAAAGAACUCAGAGCACCUGUAUGGUAUUGUAUGGCAACUGAAGGAUGUAGUUAUGAAGAAAUUAUUCAAAUCAAAUCAAAAAGACUUUAUAUAGAAUAUUGGAGUGAAGCAUAUGAAUGUGAAUUAUUUGAUUUAAAUAAAAAACAAGCAAGAACUAUUGAUGUUGAUGUAGUACGUUUAUUUCCAGAAGGGUAUAAAGAAAUAUUUAAACAUGAAGACGUAAGAAUGAGAAUAAGAAGAAUAAAAAGAAUGUAUGAAUAUCAUUUUCCAAAUCCUGGAUAUUUUCAAGGAAUGGGAGAUAUUGUAGCAGUCUUUUUUGUAAUAUUUUCAGAAUAUUAUAUCAAUGAAUUUUCAAUUAAUAAUUAUUUAAAAACAGAUAAUGAAAUUCUUGAUAGAAUUGAAUGCGCUACUUAUGUUUUAUUAAUUUAUAUUAUGCAAAAUAUUUGUUGUGACUGUAAAACAAUUGAUGGAGUUAAAGAAUUUCAUCCUGAAAGUUUAUGGAGAGAAAUAGUUAAAUUUUAUAUAUUAAAAGAUAAAAACUUUAAGAUAAAAUAUGAUGAAUUUAUUAUUAAACAACAAAUAUAUAAAAUUUUAGUUUGUUUCUUUGCUCGUGACUUAAAUAUUCAUUUAACUUCAAUUAUUUAUGAUGGAUUAAUUUGUGGUACUUGUUGUAGUGAAGGAAAAGUAUUUAAUGGAAUAAUAAAAUUAGCAAUAGCAUUUAUUGAAAUGAUAAAACAACAAGGUGUUGAUUUGGGUGAUUUAUAUUCAUUUAAUCAAGAGUCUCAUAAAUUCUUUGAAACAAUUACAGAAUCAAAAAUAUCACAACUCAUUGCAAUUGCUUGGUAUCUUUAA